ACCGUACUCACAAUCUGUGCACAGCCUGGCGCACCCGGAAGUUGCUGGGGCUAUGAGGAGAAAGGUCUGCGUUUCAGGGAAGCGACAGAAUGUUCGAUCAAUAAUCGAUCAAGACAGCUGAUCGAACAUUCACAACUCAAAUCGGGUCUGCUGACGUGUUGUCAACGUGUUUCCACCUGUGUAUGACCUGUUGUUGAUGGUUUUCCACCUGUGUAUGACCUGUUGUUGAUGGUUUUCCACCUGUGUAUGACCUGUUGUUGAUGGUUAUCUGUGUAUGACCUGUUGUUGAUGGUUUUCCACCUGUGUAUGACCUGUUGUUGAUGGUUAUCUGUGUAUGACCUGUUGUUGAUGGUUUUCCACCUGUGUAUGACCUGUUGUUGAUGGUUUUCCACCUGUGUAUGACGUGUAACUGAAGUGAUGAUGUCAGCACUUCAGCUUCUACCCGAGCUGUGGCUGCAGGUGUUCAGCUUCCUGUCCUGGAGAGACAAACUGAGCGUGCGCUGCACCUGUUCUCACUUCAGACACCUGCUGGAUAAGUCCCGCUCCCUGUGGCAAGGCUUCAGCGUGGUGCUGCAGAACUUCCCGCGGUACAACCGGUCGUUCUGGCGCAGCCUGGCUCAGAGGCAAGUGUGCAGGGUGUCUCUGAGGUCAGGUAAGAGGAAACACCUGAAGCAGCUCUCCACCUGGCUUCCUGCCAUCGAUACACUACGAUUGGACGACUGGAGGGAGGAGAGCAUCGACGAACUGAAACUUUUCCUCCAACUGAAGCGUUUGUCUGUCACUUCCUGUUCCACUCAACUUAAACGCAUGGACUUCCUGUUUUCUCUGAGUCAUCAGCUGACGCAGCUAAGCCUCUGUAAUGUGCAGCUCACCUGUUCCGCCCCUCACCUGCUGGCAGCUGUGAGUAAGCUGACUCGUCUGACGUCACUGCGGCUGCAUCACGACGGAAGUCUGAGAGUCUCAACGCUCAGCGGAGUCCUGACUCACCUGCCCGAGCUCACACACCUGUCCUGCACCAUGAUCACCUACAAGACACUGCCUCGUGACUACUUUAGCCCCGCCCACCUCACAGCAGGUGGCGCUGCUCUGAAGCUGUCUGACCUGCAGUUGUUGAAUUAUGACGCCAUGGUGACGCAGGAAGUCCUCCAGCCUCUGUCCUACCUGAGCAGCCUGUCAGUGUUCCACCUGUACUCUGUACCUGGACCCACCUGUCACCUGCAAACAUGGCUGACGUCUCUGCAGCAGCUCCGCAGCCUCAGUGUGCACGGAGGCCAUCCUCUGGGGGUUUACGCUGACUGGCUGCCGUCGUCCCUCAUCAGUCUGACGCUCUGUGUGGACCUGCAGCCUGAAGACCUGCAUGUGGUGUCACUGAGAGCUCCUCACCUGGAACACCUGCACCUGGAGCCCUGGAGCUCCUCCUCCAACCUGGUCAGGCUCCUCCCACAGCUGUUUCCUCACCUGAGGACGCUCCGGAUCAGACACCACCACGUGUCGGACGCUGACUUCCUGUCUCUGCAGCAGCUGCGGCGUCUCGACACUCUCGAGGUUCUCGACUCAUUCCACAGACCUGACCCACGAGACCCGAGCUGGGUCGUCUACGGACCCAGUCCCCGUCUGCUGAAGCUGACCUCUGACCUGCAGGAACGGACCAAUCACAGAGUGCGAGUCAUCACCAGCUCACACAGAGACCCGCUCACCUGCGACUGUGUCUGACCAGCAGACUGUGACAUCACUACGUUUGUUUUAAUCACACACUCGUACUAAAUGUGCCUUAAAAGCAUAAUGCUCAGCAUAAGCAUGUGUUAGCAUGAUGAAGUGCAUCACUGUAAAUCACAGCAGCUGUUAGCAUUAGCUUCCAUCAGAACGAUAGAUUCUAAAAGGUUCACUAAAUAAAGAUAAUAGACUUGGUGAAAGGAGGAUCAGAAAGCUUGUCUUGUGUUGCCAAAGUAAUUAUUAUCAGAUGAAAUAAAUCAAUAAGCUAAGAUA